CUUGACGCACAAUUUUAUACCAAUUCUACAAGGGUCAAGAAAAUCGAAUCCUAUAAUCUAACCUCAGAUGGGUUUGCACUCAAAUUCACUAUGUACGGGUGUCAAACAGAUUGUGGUUGGUCAUUUGACCUAAAUGUAGAGAAGUCUACAAGGAAAGUUACGCCAGUUGCUAGUAAACAGCUUCCUUAUACCUGUACGGAAAACCCAACCACGUGGCCAGUUGAUCUGAACACCAAAGUUUUGAAUUUUGGAGAUACUCCUGAUACAGAUUAUCCUUUCUCUUUUAACCUUGCUAUGCAUUAUUGUAAAAAUAAUUACAACAUAGACAACAACACCUUUAUAACUAGCAAAGAUGAUAGAAAUAAUUUGAAUUGUCUCUAUGCUUAUUCCGAUAAAAUAUAUGAUCCUAAAGCUAUCUUUGAUUUUGAAACUGAUGGGGCUCGAUGGUCAUUUAUGGGACAAAAACCUGCUGCUUUAUCUUUAGCUGCAACA